UUCAUUUAAGUUUUUUUUAUUUUUUUUUUUAUAAAAAAUGAAUUUUCAACAAAUUAACAACAGUUUUUGUUCACUUGUUUCGUUAGUACGAAACAAUGCAUAUCCUACAUAUCCAGAAUUCACUACAUUUAUAUCAAGAUUGAAAACAUUCAAUUUAUUUCCGUUGACUUCAUCUCAAGAUAAAUACUCAUUAGCUGAAAGCGGUUUUAUAUAUUCAGGGAAAAAAGAUAUUGUUGAAUGUUUUUGCUGCGGUAUUAUAUUGCAUCGUUGGGAAAAAGAAGAUAAUCCAUGGAUUGAACAUUCAAGAUGGAAUCCGAAAUGUGUUUUUGUAUUAUUAUCAAAAGGAAAUCAGUUUGUUGAAAAUGUAGUAAAAAAAUAUGGUUCUAUCGAAUUAGGUAGGUAAGUAUAAUAACUCUUUACUGUUUAUCCAACUAGACACUAUACGUUCACAUUUUUUUUUCUUUUUUUUUCUUUUGUAACCUUACAUUUGUUUAGUAUAUAACAUGUAUGGAUAAACAAAACUUGUUAGUUUGAGCUAAGCUGUCUAGUGAUCAUAUUCAUAUUUCUAGAAAAAAAAUACUGUUUACUGUUUUUUUUUUAUUUUAUCAAUAUGAAUCCAUCAAUCGUUGUAUCAAAAUCUGUGUUCGAUAUUCGUCCUUUUAGUAAGAAAAGUGUAACCGUUGGACUUCUAGUUAAUAAGCAAAUUUCAAUUAUUAUAUUAUUAGAAUGUAAAUUAACUAAAAAAGUUGUAACGUUAGAUCUUGAUCAGUGGUGUAAGUUAAUGUGCGAAAACAAUUUUAAUACAAUUAUCGAAAAUUUGCAUACUCGUUGUAAACGUGUUAAGAUAGCUGAUAAUUUUUUCUACUCUGUUAAUGUAAACCAAUCAACUAUAGUUUUAUAUUCUAAUGAUAAUUAUAUAACAUUAUCUCAUAUUGAUCUUCAUCGUUUGAAACAAUUACAACAUUGUAUUGACUUGUAUAUUGUUGAAAAACAGAAAAAAUUGGAAUCAUACCAAAAAACGUUUGAUACAGCUUAUACGUUAAUUAAGUCUGACGUAAAUGGGUUACCAUCAUCUUGUCAACGAAACGAAUUUACAAAUCAAUAUAUUCAAAAUUAUGAUUUCAGCUACAGCAAUAUACAAAGUGAAGAUUGUUCAUUUA